AUGCGGCCCGGUGAGAGCUUAGAGGGCUCGCGCUCGGCUCGCAGAAGAUGUAUUGAUGUUAAUAAUAUUACUAAUAGCAGCACGGAACGCUGUCUCGCGCACCCCUCGUCGGCUAUGAAGAGGGGUACGACGAAGAGGAGGAUGAUAGGGACGAAGGAGAGGAUGUCGGACGGAGGAUUGACGGUGAUGCGCUGUUUUCUGUGGAGUCUCCUUCUCUGCUCGCUCUCCUCGCGCGCGCAAGGUUUUAUCUACACAUGUGGCGGUACGCUAAAAGGCAGAAAUGGCAGUAUAGAAUCGCCAGGCUUUCCCUAUGGCUACCCCAAUGGGGCGAACUGCACCUGGGUCAUUGUCGGAGAGGAAGGAAGUAGAAUCCAGCUCAUGUUCCUGUCAUUCGCCAUAGAAGAAGAAUAUGACUUUCUGUCCUUGUAUGAUGGACACCCUCACCCGACCAACUUCAGGACCAGGCUAACAGGCUUCCAGGCUCCUCCCCCUGUCACCAGCACAGGAAACGUCUUCUCGCUGAGGUUGACCAGUGACUUCGCUGUCUCUGCACAUGGCUUCAAACUCAACUAUGAAGAACUCCACAGUACAUCCUGUGGAAACCCGGGGGUCCCACCCAAAGCGGUGCUGAGUAGUGGUGGGCGUUUUGCUGUGGGAGACAGUGUUCAGUACAGCUGUGUGCCUGGCUACGUCUUAGAUGGCCAUGCCACGCUCACCUGUAUUACCAAUGCUGGAAACACCGCCGUCUGGGACUUCCCUGCUCCGAUCUGUCGAGCUGAGGACACAUGUGGGGGCACUGUGAGGGGCGGCAGUGGGGUGGUGACCAGUCCCGGUUACCCCGGCAACUAUGGUAACCAGGCCGACUGUACUUGGAUCCUUUUGGCCGAACCUGGAGACACCAUCUCUGUCAUCUUUACAGACUUCCAGACGGAGGAGAAGUAUGACUACCUGGAAGUUGAGGGAUCUGAACCACCAACCAUUUGGUUGUCAGGCAGUAAUGUACCCUCUCCCGUCGUUAGCAACAAAAACUGGCUCCGACUGCAUUUUGUGACUGAUAACAACCACCGUUACCGUGGUUUCAGCGCACAUUAUCAAGUGAAGCGAUCAGUAGAUUUUAAAUCUCGGGGCGUUAAAUUAUUCCCUGGCAAAGACUCCAGCAACAAGUUUUCAAUAUUAAAUGAAGGAGGUGUGAAACAGGCAUCUAACUCCUGCCCUGACCCAGGAGAGCCAGAGAAUGGAAAGCGGCAUGGCAGCGAUUUCAGCAUUGAAGCUGUGGUGCAGUUCACUUGCGGAGAAGACUAUGUUCUUCAGGGCAGUAAAACCAUCAGCUGCCAGAGAGUGGCGGAAGUCUUCGCAGCCUGGAGUGACCACAGACCGGUCUGUAAAGUGAAGACAUGUGGCAGUAAUCUUCAAGGGCCGUCAGGAACCUUCACAUCUCCUAACUUCCCAAUUCAAUAUGAGAGCAAUGCGCAGUGUGUGUGGAUUAUUACGGCCUCAAAUCCUAACAAGGUUAUCCAAAUCAACUUUGAAGAGUUCGACCUGGAGAUAGCCUAUGAUACUCUGACCAUAGGAGAUGGAGGGGAGGUGGGGGAUCCUACAACUAUUCUGCAGGUACUAUCAGGAAGCUUUGUUCCUGACCUGAUAGUCAGUAUGACCCACCAGAUGUGGCUUCACCUUCAGUCUGAUGAGAGUGUCGGAUCCAUAGGAUUCAAGAUAAACUACAAAGAAAUAGACAAAGAGAGCUGCGGCGACCCUGGGACUCCUCUCUAUGGAGUUAGAGAAGGGGACAGCUUCUCGAAUGGAGGAAUCCUGAGGUUUGAGUGCCAGUUUGGCUUCGAGCUGAUUGGAGAGAAAACUAUUUCCUGCCAAGACAACAACCAGUGGUCAGCGAACAUCCCCAUAUGCAUAUUCCCCUGCAUGUCAAACUUCACAGCUCCCUCGGGAACCGUCCUCUCCCCAGAUUACCCAGAAGGCUAUGGGAACAACAUGAACUGUGUCUGGCUCAUUCAAUCAGAUCCAGGCUCCAGAAUCCACUUGGCAUUUAAUGACUUUGACCUUGAAGCACCCUACGAUUCCUUAACUGUGAAAGAUGGCGAGACGAAUGAUGCGGGCGUCAUCGGGAGGUUCUCUGGAGCUGAGAAUCCGUCCCACCUGACGUCCAACACCAACACAUUGAGGCUGGAAUUUCAGGCCGAUCACUCCAUGUCAGGAAGAGGAUUUAAUAUCACAUACAGUACAUUUGGCCAUAAUGAGUGCCCAGACCCCGGCAUUCCCAUCAACGCUCGCCGCUUCGGAGACAGCUUUCAGCUCGGCAGCUCCAUCUCUGUGGUCUGCGAGGACGGCUUCAUCAAAACCCAAGGAUCCGAGACCAUCUCCUGUCAGCUAGAAAAAGGAAAAGUCAUGUGGAGUGGGCCCAUCCCUAAAUGUGAAGCCCCGUGCGGAGGCCACUAUUCAGCCCCAACUGGAGUGAUUUUAUCUCCUGGGUGGCCGGGCUACUAUAAAGAUUCCCUCAGCUGUGAGUGGGUGAUUGAAUCAGAGCCUGGACGCUCCAUAAAAGUCACAUUCGACAGAUUCCAGACGGAGCUGGGUUAUGAUUUCCUGGAGAUCCAUGAUGGGCCAAACCUCCUGUCUCCUCUGGUUGGCUCCUUUAAUGGUACCCAGGUGCCCCAGUUCCUGUUCAGUAGCAACAACUUUCUUUAUUUACUGUUCACCACCGACAACAGUCGAUCAAAUGCUGGCUUCAAGAUAUUGUAUGAAAGUGUUACAGUGGACAGCUACUCAUGCCUGGACCCUGGGAUCCCCGUCAACGGUAUUCGGUACGGGCAAGAUUUCUCCAUCGGGUCCACGGUAUCAUUCGGUUGUGAUUCGGGCUACAGACUUAGCCACGAGGAGCCGUUAGUAUGUGAGAAGAACCACUGGUGGAGCCACCCUUUACCUACAUGUGACGCUCUAUGUGGUGGGGAUGUUAGAGGUCCUUGGGGAACCAUCCUUAGUCCCGGCUAUCCAGACAGCUACCCUUCAUCUCUCAACUGUACCUGGACCGUUGAAGUCAGCCACGGGAAAGGAGUCCAGUUUCAGUUCAGCUCUUUUCACCUGGAGGAUCAACAUGACUACCUCUUGGUUACGGAGAACGGAAGUUUUGUGCAACCUUUGGCUCGCCUGACCGGCAACGAGUUGCCUAGCAACAUUAAUGCUGGUCUCUAUGGCAACUUCAAAGCUCAGCUACGAUUUGUCUCUGACUUUUCGAUUUCAUAUGAGGGCUUCAACAUAACUUUCUCUGAAUAUACUCUGGAGCCGUGUGAGGAUCCCGGGAUGCCUCGGUUUGGCAGAAGAAACGGCUACAGUUUUGGAAUCGGAGACACGUUGUCUUUUUCCUGUAAUAUGGGAUAUCGCUUAGAGGGGUCGCCAGAGGUGGUCUGUCUGGGAGGAGGGCGGAGGAUGUGGAGCUCGGCUCUUCCUAGAUGUGUCGCCGAGUGCGGGUCUUCAGUUAUAAACAAUGAAGGGAUCCUACUCUCUCCAAACUACCCAAUGAACUAUGACAACAACCACGAGUGCAUCUACAGCAUCCAGGUGCAAGCUGGGAAAGGCAUUAACAUUUCUGCCAGAACCUUUCAUCUCGCCCAGGGAGAUAUACUAAAGAUCUAUGAUGGUAAAGACAGCACAGCCCACGGUCUUGGAGAAUUCACAGGAUCAUCGAUGCUGGGCCUGACGCUGAUCUCCACUUCAAACCACCUCUGGCUUGAAUUUUACAGUGAUUCAGAAAGUACAGGGGAAGGAUUCAAACUGGUCUACUCCAGUUUUGAGUUGUCCCAUUGUGAGGACCCUGGCGUGCCUCAGUUUGGCUUCAAGGUCAACGACCAAGGCCAUUUCUCCGGGAGCAGCAUCACAUACAGAUGUGAGCCUGGAUACACUCUGCACGGUGCUACCACCUUGAAGUGCAUGACAGGCGAGAGGAGAGCCUGGGAUAACCCUCGGCCUUCCUGCAUCGCCGAGUGUGGAGGCCGUUUUAAAGGGGAGUCUUCAGGGCGGAUUCUUUCCCCUGGGUACCCUUUUCCUUACGACAAUAAUCUGCGCUGCACUUGGACCAUCGAGGUGGACUCCGGAAACAUUGUGAGUCUCCAGUUCUUGGCGUUUGACACCGAAGCCAGCCACGACAUGCUGAAGGUUUGGGAUGGACCACCUGAGAACGAAAUGUCUUUGUCUGAGAUUAGUGGGUCUCUACUCCCCGAGGGAAUCCACUCUACACUGAACACUGUCACUAUUCAGUUUGAGACAGACUUUUACAUCAGCAAGUCAGGAUUCGCUAUUCAGUUUUCCAGCUCAGUAGCUACAGCCUGCAGGGACCCGGGUGUACCAAUGAACGGCAGUCGUAGUGGAGAUGGCCGUGAGCCAGGGGAUUCGGUGUCCUUUCAGUGCGACCCAGGAUACGAGCUCCAAGGGGAUGAAAAAAUCACCUGUAUACAAGUGGAUAACAGAUACUACUGGCAGCCCAGCCCGCCUGUCUGCAUAGCUCCAUGUGGAGGAAACCUAACGGGCUCCAAUGGAUUUAUACUGUCUCCUAACUACCCACAUCCCUACCCUCACUCCAAGGACUGUGACUGGCUCAUUGCUGUCAACUCUGACUACGUCCUGUCGCUGGCGUUCAUCGGUUUCAACAUUGAGCCAAACUACGACUUCCUGUAUAUAUACGAUGGUCCGGAUAGCAACAGUCCUCUGAUUGGUAGCUUCCAGGACAGCAAACUCCCAGAGCGGAUAGAGAGCAGUUCGAAUACCAUGCAUUUAGCAUUCCGCAGUGAUGGGUCUGUUUCUUACACCGGUUUUCACCUCGAAUACAAAGCCAAGCUGAGGGAAUCAUGUUUCGACCCAGGUGUGGUUCUGAAUGGGACCAGGCUUGGAUCUGACUAUAAGCUUGGCUCUACUGUCACCUUCUAUUGUGAAGCCGGAUACGUUUUGCAGGGCUAUUCUACCCUCACCUGCAGUAUGGGAGAUGAUGGCAGACCAGGGUGGAACAGAGCAUUGCCGAGUUGUCAAGCUCCCUGCGGAAGUCGUUCUACAGGAACAGACGGGACUGUUUUAUCCCCAAACUUUCCCAGAAACUAUACCUCUGGACAGACCUGUGUGUACUCCAUUUCUGUACCUAGAGAGUUUGUCCUCUUUGGACAGUUUGUGAUGUUCCAGACUUCUCUCAACGAUGUGGUGGAAAUUUACGAUGGACCAACUCAACAAAACACACUACUGUCUUCUCUCUCUGGAUCCCACUCUGGUGAGUCUCUCCCUCUGAGCUCGGGAAACCAGGUCACAAUUAAGUUUACCACGGUCGGACCAGAAACUGCUAAGGGAUUUCACUUUGUCUACCAAGCUGUACCAAGGACCAGCUCCACACAGUGCAGUUCAGUCCCUGAGCCGCGUUUUGGGAAACGUCUCGGUAAUGACUUUGCAGUCGCGUCGAUGGUGCAGUUUGAGUGUAACCCUGGUUACGUCCUGCAUGGCUCAACUGCCAUACGGUGUGAGAGUGUACCUGACAACCUGGCACAAUGGAAUGACACCCUGCCAACAUGUGUUGUUCCCUGUGGGGGUGUGUUGACCUACCGUCGCGGGACUAUCCUAUCGCCUGGAUAUCCAGAGCCCUACGACAACAACCAGAACUGUGUGUGGAAGGUCUCUGUUCCAGAAGGAGCUGGAAUACAGAUACAAGUUGUGAGUUUUGCCACAGAGCAUAACUGGGACUCUUUGGAUUUUUACGAUGGUGCUGACAACCACGCACCAAGGCUGGGCAGCUACUCUGGCACGACUAUUCCCCCUCUCCUGAAUAGCACAUCCAACAACCUCCAUCUAAGCUUCAGCUCAGAUAUUAGUGUCUCAGCUGCUGGUUUUCACCUGGAAUACACAGCUAUUGGUCUGGAGUCAUGUCCCGAGCCACAGACACCCAACUAUGGAAUAAGACAAGGAGACCGAUUCAUGGUGGGAGAUGUCGUACAGUUUUCAUGUGAACAAGGAUACUCUCUUCAGGGCAAUGCUCAUAUCACCUGCAUGCCUGGACCUGUAAGAAGAUGGAACUACCCUGUGCCACUGUGUCUCGCUCAGUGUGGUGGGUCUAUGAAAGAUGUAAGUGGAGUGAUUCUAAGUCCUGGUUUCCCCGGCAACUACCCCAGUGGAUUAGACUGCACAUGGUCGGUCAACUUACCUGUCGGCUUUGGAAUCCAUCUCCAGUUUCUGAAUUUCUCCACUGAAGCGAUCCACGAUUACUUGGAGAUCCGCAGUGGAACGCUGGAGAUGGGCUCGGUCAUUGACCGGUUCAGCGGUCCGGUCAUCCCUAAGUCUCUGUUCAGCACCACCCACCAGACCAGCUUCUUCUUCCACAGCGACUACUCACAAAACAAACCAGGGUUCCACAUCACAUAUCAAGCCUACCAGCUCCAGAGUUGUCCAGACCCUCGGCCUUUUCGAAACGGCAUCGUGAUUGGCACAGAUUUCAGUGUAGGGAUGACGGUGUCGUUUGAAUGUCUGCCCGGAUACUCUCUGAUUGGCGAGGCGUCACUGACAUGUUUACACGGAAUCAGCAGGAACUGGAAUCACCCACUGCCACGAUGUGAAGCUCUCUGUGGUGGAAACAUCACAUCGUUAAAUGGAACCAUUUACUCUCCUGGCCACCCUGAGGAAUAUCCCAACUUCCAGGACUGUGUUUGGAGUGUCCGAGUUCCUCCUGGACACGGGAUUUACAUCAACUUCACUGUCCUGAGCACCGAGCCCAUUUAUGACUACAUUACUGUCUGGGAUGGUCCAGACCAAUCCUCUCCUCAAAUUGGCCAGUUUAGCGGGAACACAGCUCUGGAGUCUGUCUACUCGACUUCCAACAUCAUACUCAUCAAAUUCCACUCAGACUUCUCUGGAGCCGGCUUCUUUGUCUUGAGCUACCAUGCGUACCAAUUAAGGGUUUGCCAGCCUCCUCCAGAGGUGCCCAAUGCUGACAUGCUGAUGGAAGACGGAGAGUUGGAGAUAGGUGACAUCAUCAGGUACAGAUGCCAUCCUGGUUUCUCAUUGGUCGGCAGUGAGAUUCUAACUUGUCGCCUUGGAGAGAGACUACAGAUGGAUGCACCUCCUCCAACAUGCCAAGUCCAGUGCCCUGCACAUGAUGUCCGAUACGACUCGUCGGGUGUCAUCCUGAGUCCCGGUUGGCCAGAAAGCUACCCUAACCUCCAGAUGUGUUCAUGGAGCAUCACAGUAGAGAAAGGAUACAAUGUCACCAUCACCUUUGAAGGUUUCCACACUGAGAGAGAGUUUGACGUGUUGGAGAUUUUUGAUGGUCCCACAGCCAACAGUCCCACUCUGGCAACGCUGAGCGGCGACCUUCCUACGCCCUUUAACCUCACAACCUCCGGCCACCAGUUCCUGGUCCGCUGGUCUUCAGACCAUGGCACGAACAAGAAAGGCUUCAAAAUUCGCUAUGUUGGUGAGUACCAAACGCUGUACUGCUCGACCCCAGACUCUCCGCUCCACGGCUCUAUCUCCUCUCAGAGCGGCGGCCAUAUUAACAGCGUGGUACGCUGGGCUUGUGACCGUGGUUACCGUCUCAUAGGCAACGCCACAGCAACCUGCCGCCGCUCGUCACUCGGCUACCACACAUGGGACUCUCCUGUACCUGCGUGUCAAGCUGUUUCAUGUGGGGUGCCCAAGGCUCCUACAAAUGGAGGCGUUUUAACAGCCGACUACUCCGUCGGAACAAGAGUUUCCUAUUUUUGUAACGACGGGUACAGACUCUCCAGCAAAGAGCUGACGUCAGCCAUCUGUCAGCCUGACGGGACAUGGAGCAACCACAACAAGAUACCACGAUGUUCUGUGGUGGUGUGUCCCAGCAUCGGGUCGUUUUCCUUGGAGCACGGCCGCUGGAGGAUUGUCAACGGCUCGCACUACGAAUACAGAACUCGCAUCGUGUUCACCUGCGAUCCGGGAUACUACAGAUUAGGCCCCGCCCACAUCCAGUGCCUAUCCACUGGCGUGUGGAGCUGGAGAAAUGAGAGGCCACACUGCCAGAUCAUAUCCUGUGGUGAGCAGCCAUCUCCUCCCAAUGGUAAGAAGAUCGGUACUCAGACAAGCUUUGGUGCUACAGCAAUUUACACCUGCGAUGCCAGCUUCAUGCUCGUGGGGUCAGCUGUCAGAGAGUGCCUGUCCUCUGGGCUUUGGAGUGGAACAGAAACUCGAUGUCUAGCCGGUCACUGUGGAAUCCCAGAGGGCAUUGUGAACGGUCAGGUGAUCGGGGAGAACUUUGGUUACCGUGAUACGGUCGUGUAUCAAUGCUUGCCUGGAUUUCGACUAAUAGGCUCAUCGGUGCGGAUUUGUCUCCAAGACAACCAGUGGUCUGGACAACUGCCUGUCUGUAUAUCGAUCAGCUGUGGCCAUCCAGGAAGUCCCAUAUAUGGUCGUACGGUGGGAAACGGCUUCAACCUCAACAACGUGGUCAGCUUUGUUUGUAACCGGGGUUAUGAAAUGGAGGGGCCCGCACAUGCUCAGUGUCAGGCCAACCGCCAGUGGAGCCAUCCGCCCCCAACGUGUAAAGGUGGGGAGAAAAUGGUCAAUUGCUCUGAUCCAGGUAUCCCAGCCAACUCCAUUCGGCAGAGUAAAAUAGAGCAUGGGAACUUCACCUUUGGCACUGUGGUUUUCUACGACUGUAACCCGGGGUUUUACCUGUUUGGAUCACCUGUGCUGACAUGUCAACCUACUGGACAGUGGGACAAACCUUUGCCCGAAUGUAUAGUUGUGGAUUGCGGUCAUCCCGGCUCUCCCCCUAACGGUGUGCUGAGUGGAGAUAAGUUUACAUUUGGUUCAACGGUUCGAUACUCUUGUCUGGGUGGGAGACAGCUGAAAGGAGAAUCAUCCAGGACGUGUCAGCUCAACGGGAUGUGGAGUGCCCCCAUGCCCUUCUGCUCUGGCGACACGACAGGCUCCUGCGGCGAUCCCGGCAUUCCCUCCCAGGGUUCGAGGGAACAAACGGAUUUCAAAAUCCGUUCCAAGGUUUACUUCAGCUGCACAGAGGGCUAUGAUCUGAUUGGUUCUUCAGAAAGGAUGUGCUUCCCUAAUGGGACGUGGUCUGGCACACAGCCCUUCUGUAAACCUGUCCAGUGUGGUAACCCUGGCACUCCCAGUAAUGGCAGAGUAUUCCGUUUGGAUGGAACAACGUUUUCUCACUCGGUCAUCUACUCCUGCAUGGAAGGCUACCUGCUCAGCGGCGCCACCACCAGGCUGUGUCAGGCCAACGGGACCUGGUCAGGAGCGCAGCCCAACUGUACCAUGAUAAACUGCGGGGAUCCUGGUGUGCCUGCUAGUGGUCUUCGCUAUGGAGAAGACUUCACGAUUGGUCAGAAUGUUUCCUUCCAGUGCCAACCCGGAUACAGGAUGGAGGAGGAUGGUUCCCCUGUGAGGACAUGCACCAACAAUGGGACGUGGAGUGGGAAUAUGCCUAUGUGUACAGCUGUGACCUGUCCGGCUCCCCCUGCCAUCAGUAACGGGGUACUGCAGGGCAGUGACUUUGAAUGGGGCAGCAGUGUGAGCUACAGCUGCUCACCGGGAUACGAGCUCUCAUUCCCAGCCGUCCUGACCUGCGUGGCAAAUGGAACCUGGAGUGGCAUGCUACCACAGUGCUUACCCAAGUUUUGUGGAGACCCAGGAACUGCAGUCGGGGGUUUCAGAGAGGGACGAAGUUUCAUCUAUCAAUCAGAAGUCUCCUUCAGUUGUUCUCCACCUCUCCUUCUGGUCGGAACGGCAACCAGACAAUGUGAAAGUGACGGUUCCUGGAGCGGCACGCACCCUCGCUGUAUCGAACCGACCAAAACCAGCUGUGAUAACCCAGGGACGCCACGCUACGGCUCCUUAAACCGGACCUUCGGCUUCAAGGUGGGGAACGUGGUGUCUUUCCAGUGCCAGCCAGGUCAUUUGAUUCAGGGCUCUUCCUCUAGAACCUGCCAGCCUGACCUGACGUGGAGCGGUUCACAACCCGAGUGCAUACCCCACGCCUGCAAACAGCCGGAAAGCCCGCUCCAUGUGGACGUGGUGGGGAUGGAUCUGCCUGGUUUUGGCUACACCUUGGUGUACAGCUGUCAGCAUGGCUUCUUCCUGGCGGGAGGCUCAGAGCACAGAGUCUGCAAGAAUGACGGCACCUGGACGGGAAAGAUGCCUAUAUGUCGAGCCGGGGAGAAGAAGAAGCCUGUGAAACCAGCAACAGGAACUCCAAGCCCCAAACUAAACGUUCCUGAUGACGUCUUUGCUCCUAACUACAUAUGGAAAGGCUCCUAUAAUUACCGUGGGCGGAAGCAGCCGAUGACACUGAGCAUCACCAGCUUCAACUCCACCACAGGGAGAGUCAACGUUUCCCUUAGCAACGGAAACAUGGAACUGCUCCUAUCAGGAGUGUACAAGGCUGCUGAGGCCAGGCUCUUACUGCUGAUGUACCAGGUGAACCAUGCGAACCAGGGAAACCAGCUCAAAGACUCAGCCAUCUCUCCAGCUAAAAUCAUCGAUGACUCCUGGACCAUGGAUGGAUUUGUGUCAGCAGAGCCUGAUGGUUCCAGUUAUGUAUUCCAGGGUUUCAUUCAGGGAAAAGACUACGGACAGUUUGGACUGCAAAGACUGGGUCUGAAUAUGUCUGAGAGUCAGAACUCGCCGCCCCCUCAGCUCGGUACCAACAGCAGUUCUGUGGCUAUCGCUAUUCUGGUGCCCUUCUUCGCCCUCAUAUUUACCGGCUUUGGCUUCUAUCUCUACAAACAAAGAACCACACCAAAAACACAGUACACAGGCUGCUCAGUCCAUGAAAACAACAACGGCCAGGCUGCCUUCGAGAACCCGAUGUACAACACCAACGCCAAGGCUGUGGAGGGGAAAGCUGUUAGAUUUGAUCCCAAUCUAAAUACUGUCUGCACCAUGGUCUGAGGAUUGAUUAUCCCCACUUGAACUUCAUGACUUAUAUACCUAAUGGGACCACAUGGGUGCGAGGCUAUGGGAGGGAGAAACCAUAAGCUUUGACUCAGACCUCGACAUGUUUAGCAGCACUACAAAAGACCUUCAGAAACCGGAGCUCCCCAAGCAGAGGGAAAACUGGCCACAUGAAACUAAAAUCAAGCGAUGGCUCCUUUUAUUUACAGCUCUUUGUAUCCACCGAUGAAAUCUAAACGAAUGUGAACACAAAAUGUCUGCUGCCUACAAUGGAUGCAACACAACCGGAUUGAACUCACAGUGAGACAUAAAGCUAAAGAAGAACCCAAACAGAAAACUAAACCGACUAUUAUCCAAGACUCAGCUGGUCAUAGUAAGUUUAUAAUUUUAGUCUCAACCGGGCACAGCCAUUAUAUUUCAACCUCCUAUUUAACCCCGCUCCCUGUCCUUCUUGCCAGUAGUAAUGAUUAUGCCACGACCUGAUGUCGGUUAUCAUGAUAUGUCGGCGUAACCCAAUGCUGACUUGUGUUCAGCAGAGCUUCAAAAAGAAUGACCCUCUGUGACCCGGUGAGAGGGGGUGUACGCCAUCAGCGCUCUGGCCAUGGUUUGACAUCACACAAAAAAACUGCACUACAAAAAAAGGGUUGAUUUAAUUCGUAACAAGUUGUCUCCCCAGCUGAACUGAACAAAUCCUUACUGUGAGGAGCAAAACAUCCACAGAUGGGAAAGUGUGACACAAAGUCACAGAAGACACUGUGAAGCAAAGACAACUGUUUCUAAAUAUCUGGAUUCAUAACUGACAGUAAAAGACACUGUCACCAGCAGACCAUCAGUAAACCACACUGAGAUGUUAAUAGGAGCCGAGUCCUAAAACAACCAAACAGGACAACCUCCUGUCUCCAUGACAACAAAAGGAUGGUAUUGCCUGUCUUUUUUUUCUAUGAAAGCAGACUCUCAAACAGCUAAUGCUAGCAGACAGUAGCUAAAGUUGCUUUGAAAACUCCUGGGCAAAGGAUAAGGACCACCCUGGAGACAGAGCUAUAAUCCUAACUGAACUGGGAUUAAAGGAGAAAGCAAAACUAAAAGGAGUCUAAAAGAGAGCAAGCACUAAAAGAAGAGAAAAGACUGACUCAUCUAAUGGAUAAACUGCUCCUUCACAUCCAAGAGAGGAUGCCGAGCAGACAGAGACAACCUCUUCCUGAACUUGGAAGUCAAGAGAAAAGACACAGCCAAUCAGAGCCUGUCUAACCUGAAAUCAACUACUGAGAGAGGUCAGCCUUGCCUCUACAUGAUUAAUCAGAUCAGACAGAAUAUGGUCUUGAGGAAAGAUAUUCCUGAUCCUGUGAAUUUAAAUGGAUACAGAGGACUCUUAUGAAACAAAGAAAUAGACUUUGAGAAGCAGAGAAAGCUCUGGCACUAAAGCACAUUUCACAGGAACACUACCUGUCUACCCACUGAGAGAUGGACUAACCCAGAGACAGAUAGAAGGGUUAGAGAGGAACUGAUGACUGAUGACAGACAGAAAAGAUGACAGGUACACGCGCUAACACAAAUCUGUAGGGACGGAAAGACAGAUGGUACAAAGACCAACAGUUAGACACACAAAGAGAUAGACAGGUUCAAGACGAGCAUCGUCUAAAGACUGUUGUGGACCAUCGUCCAUUCCUCCACAGACAGAUUUAAGGGUUAAACAUAGAUUAACAGGUUUAUAGUUGGACAGAGAAAGAGACAGGCUGAUCGACAGAAGACACAGACUGAUAUCAUUUGACGGAAAGGCUUAAAGAAAGACAAACAGGGUUGUAUCCCUCCGAUUGUGGACGCGGCUCCACUGUAAUUCUGCACUCUGCGAGUGCUUAUCUUCUUUCUUUGUUAUUGCUGCAGAAUCUUCUGAUCUGUAAAUCUAUUGCAUAUAUAUUCGGGAGCAUUCAUCACCUAUAUUUUUGUGCUAUAUAUUUACCACAGGGGGUGGCUGAAGGGGAAAAGACGGCUUAUAGCGGACACUUUUUAGUAAAAGAAAUAAUAAAAGGAAAUAAAUACCAGAUUAAACGAUAUUACAACUAUGUGUUCACAGAAGUCACACAAAGUGUUUUGGUUCCUUUGAAACAUGAUUUUUUUAUUUUUUUUAUCUGCUGUGUAAUGUGAAGUCCCUCUCACUAUCACUGUUUUUCCAACUGAGGCGAUUGUGAGUGUCAGUGGUAUCAUUGUCGUCAUUGUUGAGAUGCAAGGUUUGUCAGCAACAAUCAUUGUCUUUCAAGUUAAUUUUUUAUCAACUUUUCAACUCAGAUGGAAGAUUUCUAAACCUGCGAGAGAUAGUAAAGCUACUACAAAUACAUACUGUAUAUGUCCCUCAAAAUAAUGCCACCAUUGUGACACAGACUACACUUAAUGAUCUCCUGGAAUAACAUCACAGUUUCCUAACCUAACAGGUGAAAUGUGCACAUUACAACUCAGUUCAGACAGAUGUCAACACAGAAAAAAAACCCUCUUGUUUGAUUACACAUGGCCAAAUUCAUAGCCUGCUCUUACCCUGGUUUACUUUCUCACGAGGCAACAGUGAGAGAACAAUCGCAGUGAAUAUUAUAUGACUAUUAAUAGUGAUAAUUGCUGGUGAACUGCCCAACAUGUAGAUUGCUGAUGAUGGUCUACAAGUGUCAACUAACGUAGGAAAUGUGUGUGUCAGUUAAUGUUUGUAUUCUUUCGUCAUACAUUUUAGGAUGUUUUCCAACGGAUAUGUUUGUGAACUUUAACUAAAGUCAUGAUCUGAUUUAGCUGUUCAUACAACCUCAAAAUCUUAAAUUAUCAUGACCCUUCAGGUUUUAUAUCACUGAGUCUUUCUCCCUGUGAUAAAGAUGUGUUUUGUCUCACAAACCAGUCCUGAAAUGUUGAAAUCAUUAUUGAAAGGUUUGUUUUGUAUCCCUUUGGCACAGUAGGUUUAACAAUUGCUUGUGUACAGUACGUUGCAUUUCAAAGACUAAAAGGCCUUGAAAGUUAUUUCAGAGACACUAAAGUUUUAGGAUGAAUUGAACAUUUUGUCAGAAGCUCUUAUAAUUUCACAUCCACAUGUUGAGUAAAUCCAAACACAUUACUGAUGACAUUGAGAUUCAACAUUUCCCCCUUCUUCUGGUCAUUAUAUUUCAUGAAAAUUUAGCCUUAAAGUCUCAGCUCAGUGUUGCUUGACUGGUAGCUAUUUUUCACAUCUGAUCUACCAUCUACUCUAUUAGUUUUGUCUAUAAGCAACCAUCCCUGAUUUAGCUCCUGUGAGCUGCUGGAAGCUGCAGGUGCACAUGUUGUUGGCAAUCUGAGGGUUUCAUGUGUGUAAGUGAACCACUCCUGAGAGUUUGAUUUUGUGCCAUCCAUAAUGUAGUAUCAUAUUGUAAGAAGUGGGCCUGAAAGUGCACCAUAUUAUAUCUCUAAUUGGUAAGCGGACAUGACAGGAAUACAUGUAUCAAUCGAUCUUCAUGUGUCUUUCCACUUUGGUGCACAUUUCAGAUAAACAAUACUUGUUUUGUUUUAAAGAGCCUGGUUUAAAGUUAGUGAGUGUGUGUCCAAAACGUGAUGAAUACCAGUUAUUUUUAAUGAGUCUGGGUGUCAGGGUGAGCAAAAACAUUUCCUUUGCUUUAAGAACCCCCGCUGUCGUAACCACAGGCGCCAACUGCAACCAGCUGACUGAAAACUCCUUUUAAACUCAUUACUGAUUUAAAAGCAACGGUGGCUGCGGCUUUCAUGUUGGUCACUGCUGCAACUGUCCCGCACUGCAUCGCUAUGGUGACAUUGUUUCUUAUUACAGUUUGGAUUGAUUGUUGCUGCUGCUGCUGUUGUUGUCGUUGUUGCUGUUGUUGUUUUUUCGGUAUGGAUCUGACACAGUGCCUACCAAAAACCAUGGGACCCUCCCUGUCAUCUACACACACACACACUCUCUUUUAAACACACACAUACAUACAAACACACACCUGCUCCAGCGCCCCCCUUUCUUCAGAAGUCAUUUUUUUCUAAGCUUCAGUCUAUUUUGCCACAAGCUUUUCCUACUGACUGACCGCAAUAAGACCCAUGUGAUUUGAAAGACUUAAAGCUGUUCCUGCCUGGGGACAUUGGAAAUAUUCACCAUUUGAAAAAAAAAAGAUGAAAUAUAGAAUAAAAAAGUGUUUUGUACAGAAAUAUAUUUUUAUGAUGAAAUUAUUUGUAAAAUGUAUGAAUCUAUUAUGUAAAUUUU